AUGGAUGAGCUUCAGAAGAAACUAAGCCAGAGACAUGAUGCAAGAUCCCGAAAAGUGAGAUUCAAAAUUUCGUCAGCAUACAGUGGUCGACUCUUGAAGCAGGUCUAUGAAGAUGGGCAGGAGCUUGAAAUGCCUCAGGCAGAAUAUCCUCAUAGUUUUCGACACUUGAAUUUUGAACCCAGAGACAAUUUCUUUGGGAUUGGAGAAGCAUCUGAAUCCAGGUUUUCUCCACCAGCUAAACUGAAUGCACAAAGGAUCAGUGUAUUCAGAGAGGGGAACAAAUAUACCCUCACAGGUAGCCCUUCCAUCUUGAAUGACUACCAGGAAGAGGAUUCUCAGACACAAUCCCCCAUUUUAGAUUUUGGGAAGAUUAUCAUCUAUACUAGCAACCUGAAAAUAAUCCGAACACCCAUGACUAAGAAAGAAUUGGUGAAAAAGAUCAUGCAGAACGAAGGCAUGGAUGACUGCUCCUUUGUGCAUCAUGAAGAAAGAAGAGGAAACGGUAGCAGCCAACACGAUGGGAACAUGAAAGAUACUGAAAAGCAACUCCAGCUCAACCAGCAUGUGCAGGAAGGCGAGGAUGAGAACAGCUGUCCCCAGUGUAAGGGAUCUGGCUGUGCACCCUGCUCCGUGUGCCAUGGAAGCAAGUUUUCAAUGCUGGCUAACCGGUUUAAAGAGUCCUACCGAGCCCUAAGAUGCCCUGCUUGCAAUGAAAAUGGCCAGCAGCCUUGCCAGACCUGUGUUCAGUGA